CGCAAAAUCAUCAGUAAAUUCAAAAUAUUCAAACUUUAAACAUAAUACAAAAUGUUCUCCUUAAAGUGUAUUCUAUUGGUGGCCACCUGUCUAGUUCUGACUGCUACUGCUUCACCUAUAGAAUUUGCAGAUUUCUAUGAACUUCAACCACAAGAUGCUUUGAACUAUGAAUAUGAACCAGUGUUAUCGCGACAAGUUAGAUCUCCACAACAUGGUAGUAUCGAUUUGGGCGUAAGAAAGGAUCAAUAUGGACGUGAAGCUUCAGUUAACUACAAUCAUAAUUUAUACACCAGCAGUGAUGGCCGUGGAUCGAUUGAUGCUUAUGCUCAAGCUUCUCGCAAUUUCGAUUACAAUCGUAAUGACUACGGUGGUGGCAUUCGUGGAUCCUGGAGAUUUUAAAUAAGUUUUUGCAUUGUUUUCUUGAGUAUUAUGAAAAAUAAUAAAUGACUGAAUAAUAUA